AUGGCUUCUUCACCGAUUUGCAUUGCGAUUUCAGGUCCCUCCUCCUCAGGAAAAACCUCAAUAUCCCGUCUCCUCCGCGAUGCCUUCACUUCAAAGUCUUUAACAAAAUCCCCCGCACCGACAUGUACGAUCCUCCACGCCGAUGAUUUUUACAUCCCGGACUCCGACCUACCAAUCGUAGAACUCGGUGGUACGGGUCAAAAAGUUCAGGAUUGGGAUUGUCCGGAAGCAUUAAACUUCCCGGAGUUCAUCUCUUCACUUAGAUAUGCGAAGCAAUUCGGAAGACUUCCGGAGUCGCAUCAGAGUUAUGAGGUUACGCAUGCGGUUGGGGUUGAUGAGAGUAUUUUGAAACUUGUGAAGGAUGGUGAUGGUGGUGGUGGUGGUGAUGGUGGGAAGGAGAAGAUUUUGGAAUUGGAGAGGAAGGUUGUUGGGUGGUUGAAGAGUGUAGAGAAGGAUUUGGGAAGAAGAGUGGAGAGGGUGGUUAUUGUGGAUGGGUUUUUGAUAUUUGGGAGUGGUGUUCCUGAGGAGUUGAAGGAGGAGUUUGAUGUUAAACUUAUGAUACGGACGCCUUAUGAGAAGGCGAAACAAAGGAGAGAGGAUAGAGCGGGAUACACGACCAUGGAAGGGUUCUGGCACGACCCGCCAGGGUAUUUUGAACUACUGGUGUGGCCGGCUUAUGUUAAACAGCAUAGUUAUCUAUUCAAGGACGGGGAUAUGAAUACGGGUAUUCUAACAGAGGAGGCAUUGAAUAAUGGGCUUAGGACACCUGCGGCAACGGAUUUGGCAUUGAUGCAGACAUUAGAAUGGGCUGUAGAAACAUUAGAGCAGAUUAAACUCAGCAAUAAGGAGGCUUUAGAAGCGUAG